AUGAACCACACAGCAGCAGGUGCAGGCGUUGGAGGCUGUGGCCCAUGGGAUGAUCCUGCCCGCUUCAUCGUGGUGCCGGCCGCCUACGCGGUGGCCCUGUGUCUCGGCCUGCCUGCCAACCUGGCUGCCCUGGCCAUCUUCGGGAGAGGUGGGGGGCGGCUGGGGCGAGCUCUGCGCCUCUACCUGCUCAACCUGGCUGUGGCCGACAUCCUCUUCACGCUCACGCUGCCCUUCUGGCUCACCUACUACCUGAGCCGGGCCCACUGGCCCUUCCCCGCCUCCCUCUGCCACGGCACCGGGGCCACAUACUACGCCGCCACUUAUGCCGCCAUCUCCUUCAUGGUCCUCAUCAGUGUCAGCCGCUAUUGCACAGUGCAGGGGCCCAAGCCCGGAUUGGGCACCCGCCUGCCCCUCAACCAGCUCCGGGUGGCCCAGGCCGCCUGCGCCGCCACCUGGGUGCUCUGUGUAGCCUGCGCCGCGCCCUCCCUGGUCUCCUCGCGGGCCCUGAGCCCGGGCCCGGGAGGCACUACCCGCUGCUUCGAGCACGGCUGGGCCAGGCAGGACAUGGCCUACGUCACCGUGGGCUUCUUCCUCGCCGCCUUCCUCCUGGUCCUUGGCGCCUACAUAUCCCUGGCCCGGGUGCUGGUGGGGCCUUCCACAUCAGGAGGGGCGUCCCUGGGCCCCUCGGCGCCCGGCUCCCACCGACGCAUGGCGCGGACCAUGGUACUGGGGCUGCUGCUGGUGUUUGCGGCCUGCCUGGCACCCUACCACCUCAUCCUGGCCCCGUGGGUGGCCCGGCAGGAGGGCGAUGAUGGGGGCCGCGGAGACGGGGAGUGCCCCCUGCCUUCUACCCUGGACGUCCUGCACACCCUCAGUCUGGCCCUGCUCAGCCUCAACAGUUGCCUGGACCCCCUCGUCUACUGCUUUUCAUUGCGCCGUUUCCGCCAGGACUGCCGGGGGCUGAGCUGCUGCCCAGGGUCCAGAGGCACCAACGUGCCGGCAGCCUCUUGUUCCUCCUCCUAGGGAUGCCCGGGCCCACCAGGCCAGCUCUUCUCUCCCGGGGCUGAGGGGAACAGGGGGAAUGCCCAGGAUUCACGAGGAAGAGGAUCCGACAGCAUUUUCUCCUCAUCCCUGGCUGGGAUACCAGUGCAAGACGGAGUCCAGGAGGACAGUGCCUGUGAUUUGGGAUUCUGAGAAGUAAACA